AUGAGGUGCGCCGCCGCCGCCGCCGCCGUCGCGCUGCUCGCGGCCGUGAUGUCCGUGUCCGUCGUCCUGCACGCCGGGGCGCGUCGGCCGCUCGCCAAGCCGCCGCGGGCGGCGGCGCUGCAGAAGACCGACACGUGGCCGCCGACGCCGCAGGCCAAGGGCGGCGCCAACCUCACGGCGAUCCUCACCCUCGACGGGCCGUUGGCGUUCCGCACCUUCCUCGGGUACCUGCAGCAGACCAACCUCGUGGAGGUGUUCCAGAACCAGGCGUGCCUGACCGACCCGGGCAUCACCAUCUUCGUCCCCGUCGACAAGGCCUUCGCCGCCGUCAAGCCGUCGGUGCUGUCGGGCCUGUCCAGCCUUCAGCUCAAGAACCUGAUGAUGUGCCACUCACUGGCCAAGCACUACGAGCUCGCGGACUUCGAGGGGCUGAGCCGGAUCGGGCCGGUGACGACGUUCGCCGGCGGGCUGUACACGGUGGACGUGACGUACGACGCGGGCACCGUCCACGUGCGCUCCAGGUGGGCCGACGCCAAGAUCGUGGGGAGCGUGUCCGUGGAGGCGCCCAUGGCGAUCUACGAGCUCGACCGGGUGCUGCUCCCGGCCGCGCUCUUCCACAUCCAGCCGCCCGUCGCGGCGAUCACGGACGGCGACGUGCCCGUGCCGCGGCGGCGACGAUGA